CUUUUUCUUACUUACAUCAAAAGAAUCUUUUUUUUUAUUUACUUUAUCUUUAUAAUUCUAUAUCAACACCAUGCCUCUCGAAAAAGUUUGUAUUAUUGGAUCCGGUAACUGGGGAAGUGCUGUUGCCAAAUUAAUCGGUAUCAACACACAACGACAUGGUGACUUGUUUGAAAAAACUGUACGUCAAUGGGUCUUUGAAGAAAAAGUGAAUGGUGAAAACUUGACUGAUAUUAUCAACCGUGAACAUGAAAAUGUCAAGUAUCUCGAAGGAAUCAAGUUGCCUGAAAAUGUAGUUGCCAUUCCUAAUGUGGUCGAUGCCUGUAAGGAUGCCACUCUUGUUGUUUUUGUUGUACCUCAUCAAUUCGUCCGUGGUGUUUGUGAACAAAUGAAGGGUCACUUGGCUCCCAAUGCUCGUGCUAUUUCUCUUAUCAAGGGUCUCGAAAUUACUUCCUCUGGUACUCGUCUCUUUUCUGAAGAAAUUGAACGUAUUUUGAGUAUUCCUUGUGCUGCUUUGUCUGGUGCUAAUAUCGCUAAUGAAGUGGCCUUAGAAAAGUAUUGUGAAUCUACUGUGGGUUGUCCUAAUGUUGAAGAUGGUCAAAUUUUCUUCCGUCUUUUCGAUACUGAAUACUUCCGUAUCAAUGUUAUUCAAGAUCAUGUUGGUGUCCAAUUAUGUGGUGCUUUGAAGAACGUUGUUGCUGUCGGUGCUGGUUUUUCUGAUGGUUUGGGUUAUGGAAGCAAUACCAAGGCUGCUAUUAUUCGUCGUGGAUUGAUGGAAAUGCGUAAGUUUGGACAAAUGUUCUUCGGUGAUAUGGUGCAAACAGAAACCUUCUUUGAAUCUUGUGGUGUUGCCGAUUUGAUUACUACUUGUUCUGGUGGACGAAACCGAAAGGUAGCUGAAGCUUUUGUUACUACUGGAAAACCUAUUGAUGUUUUGGAAAAGGAAUUGUUGAAUGGACAAAAGUUACAAGGUACUCUUACAUCUAUGGAAGUCAAUGAAUUCUUAACAGCUCGCAACAUGACCGCCGAAUUCCCAUUCUUCACCACUGUCUAUCGUAUUGUUUAUAAAAAUGCUCCUGUCGAAUCCAUUGUCCGUGACAUUUAGAUGAUCUGAUUUAUUAUUUUUUAGAUUUAGACUUUUUUUUUUUUGCAUUAGACACUUAUUAUAGACUCUACUACUAUAUUUUACUUCAUUUCAUCCAUUUAUAUUCAUCCAUUCCCAUCCUCCUUUUUUUUUUUUAUGCUUUUUGAUUUCAUCCUCUUUUCUUAUUGAUUAUCAUGGACUAGAGUUUGAGAUCAAACAGAGUUUUUUUUUCCCCCUCUUCAUUUUGUACCUGUACAUAGUUUACCGCUCGAUCAUCACUGAAAAUAAAAGUUUUUUUUUCAGAAACAAAAA